AUGGAUCUACUAACAGUCCUACCUGGCUUCAAAACAAAACCAUACCAGCACCUUCUCCCAGCCCUCGAGCGGACCAAAAUCACCACCGUCGACCUUCUGACCAUCGAAUAUCUCGAAAUCGCGAAACGCGCCCAUGUUCCCCCCGCAGAUAUUCGGCGGCUCUGCGACCGCGUUAUCGAGGCCCUGCAUGCCGACAUUGGCCUCAAAGAUUCCGAGCCAAUCAUAGAAGAUUCAGACGAAGAGCCGGAUUCCAGUAUACACCCAGCCAGUCUAACUCUUGGCCCUGCGACGAACCGCACGACGUCAGAAUGGACCACGAUCAGCACCCUGGACCCUGCGAUGGAUGACCUGCUAGGAGGCGGCAUCCCAACGGGAUAUAUUGUCGAAGUCACGGGUGAGAGUGGAAGCGGCAAGACCCAAUUCCUCAUGAGUCUCUGUCUAGCUGUUCAGCUGCCCAAACCAUAUGGUCUACGACGACGCUCAUUAUACAUCUCGACUGAGCAUCCGUUAUCUACGCCACGGCUUUCCCAGCUCAUAGAAUGCCACCCCAUACUCUCUACCUUGCCGGCCGAGGAAGCGCCCUCACUCGAAGAUAUCCUAUCCAUAAACGCCAUGGACCUGGAAGCACAAGAUCACAUCUUGAACUAUCAGCUCCCUGUUGCAAUCCAACGCUACAACAUCGGUUUAGUAAUUAUCGACUCAAUAACCUCAAACUACCGCGCGGAACAUUCAUCUACCGACGCCAUAGCGCUGGCGACGCGCUCAAAUGAGCUUGCAAAACUAGGCCACAUGUUACGCAACCUUGCUGUGGAAGAAAAUAUUGCAAUCGUAGUCGCGAACCAAGUGUCUGAUCGCUUCGACAUGCCUGACAUACCGGACGACCCAGAUACUGACGAAGAUCCCUCGACACAAUCAGACAUGCCGAGCCAAACUGAAGACUUUGACUUCACCGUUGCAAUGUCACAGCCUCCAAUGUCCCAACCUCCAAUGUCCCAGCCUCAAAUGUCCCAGCCUCAAAUGUCCCAGCCUCAAAUGUCCCAGCCUCAAAUGUCCCAGCCUUCGAUGUCUCAGCCAGUCAAUAUCGACUUUGAAACUACUCAGCAACCACCUUCCGAUUCUCAAGACCCACCUUCAUCCUCUGCCAUCCCGUCAUCUCAAUUUUACGGUUAUGACGAUGAAGAUGCAUUCCAAAAGUCGCAUUGUGACACCGACCUCACACUAGAACAAGCCAUGAGUGUCAACCUCCAGGAACGAUUCUUCACUGGCUGGGGCGACGAUUUCUCAUCUCAUACAUCCCUAAAGAACCCAGCCAUGGGACUGUUCUGGUCGAGCCAGAUUGCUUGUCGCAUUGCGCUGAAGAAGGAGGAAUCUGCGCCAGGGGUUGCUGCAGGUGCAUAUCCGGCAUUUACACCUGAAACAGAAGAAGCCACCGAGCCAGAAAGUACAGACGAAAAGCCUAUUUCGGCAUCUGAGUUUCUCAGGUCUUCUCAGGAUCAACCAAACAUCGACCAAGAUAUCGAGCCGAGAGAUAUUCCCGCUCCAAAUUUCAAUGAUAGAGCAAGCCAUGAUUCCCAGCUUUAUUCCCCGGAUAGAAUAGCUCCGGGCUCCCAGGACCAAGAUCUCGACCACAUUCCCGAUCGUGUCACAAGGAGAACGAUGAAACUAGUCUUUUCGCCUUGGACAGCAGGACCAACAGAAAAAGAAGAGUAUCCCUUACCACAAACUCCACCUGGCAGACCGACCGGGCCACCGACCGACGAGGUAGAUUUCGAGAUCUGGGCCGGCGGACUGCGGAGUGUCAGCUAUGCAGAAUAA